UUUUGAUUUCAUAAGCGGAUUCAGAUAAACAAACGCUGCCAUUUACACACAUUUAAAAAUAGUGGAACUUUAUUUUACCAAUGGCAUCUGGUCUGUAAGGCUUUCCUCGAAAAAUAUGUAUCCAUAUAUAAAAUGUGAUAAUGCAGGGAAGCAAAGUUUGAUAAAUAUUGAAUAUUGACCCGUAAACACAUUGUUUAUAUUAAUAACUACUUCCCAAAAAGAAAUAAAUCAAACAGCAUUACUGCCAACAAUGUUGUGAAAUAUAAUUGAUGAUAGAUUGUUUUUUGUUCGUAUCCCACACCGUUCUUUGAAAAAUAAUUGGUAGUAAUGUAAAGUAAAUGUGAUUUUUAGUCGCUAAUUAGCGUUAGGUUAAACAUAUUAAUUAAAAAUAAUAUAAAAUUAUAAAUAGUGUACGUGUUAUACGUGGAAGUAGUUUAUAGGAGCGCUGUGAAAACAAAUAUUACACUUUCCGGUCAUUCAUGAGCAAAACACGACAACCGGACUGAUCGAUUUAUCGGAGCUCCGCUGCUCACGCCUGUCUUCAGACAGUCGCGGGAAAUUGGAACUAAAUCGAUAACCGGCCAGUCGAACUUCAAAAUACGAGUUUUCCAUGGAUACGCCUGAAGUGCCACUGUCGUGUGAGCAGAAUGUAGGACAAAGUGGAGACACAAUGCACUGUGAGGAGCAGCUUAGGACCACAUUGCACUGUGAUGACAAGGAAAAGCUUCGUAGCAAGUUGGCCCUGUUGCAGAGGGAGUACCUCAGGACAGCUGAGAGACUCCAGCGCGCCGAGCGGUUGGACGCAGUGAGGAGUCGGAUCAGUCGGCGGGACCGGAGAGACCCAGAGGUGACAUCCAACCCCUGUCUCGGGCCAUCGCCACGGAUACCGAACACCACCAGUGGGACCGCCCCGAGCGUCCCUCGGUGCCACGGACACAGCUCUCCAGUAGAUUCGGACGCCUCCAGGAGGAGCCCCUCUAAUGCUGCCGGCCCACACACCCCGGAUCCUCGCCAUGACCCGGCCGACGGUCACAGACCCAGUCCUGCCCUGCGCCUCAGGUCUCGACGCAGUCGCCUGCGCUGGGAAAGCAGGAGCGGCGAGGCCGGCAGGAGCGCGGACGACAACAGCGAGGAAAGACGGGAGGAGAGUGAAAGGAUGGAGACUGCAGUAGGAGGUGAAGACGGAGUCAAAACGGAGAGAUCGGAGGUUGCGAAUGAGAGCGAGGAGCUGUUUUCUUGUGACGACGCUGAGUCUCCGUCUCUGCUGCCCGCACACGGGAACACUUGUGGACAAACCGAAACGGGGGGACGAGGGAAACGAGAAGAGGGACGACGAGAACUCAGCGGAGAGAACGCUGCUACACACACUGAAGAAAGGGAAGAAGAUGGCGCCAAAAGAGGGACGGAGGGAGGAGAGGAAGGUGGGAAUAGCAGAGAGCAAAGGGAUGGACGGCCGUAUGAAGCUGGGAGUCACAUUGACACAGGGAAAAAUGCAGGAGAGCAAAUGGAAAGGGAAAAAAGUCCAGGUGAUAGAGCUGAAAUAAAAGAAGAGAACGUGGAGCCGGUGGGAGGAGGAGCGCGUGAUGUGAGGGCCGUCGGCCUCCUGGACUCCUGCAGCGCAGCAGAAGGACUCCUGUACCCACCGGAGUACUACGUCCGCACCACGAGGCGGAUGACGCUGUCGCAGAGCCGGCCUGAAGCGCAGGCGACGCUCUCCCAGCUGAGCGCGGGCCGUCGCCGCAGGACCCGGGGAGGAGGGUCCAACGGGCGCGCAGGAUCGUCCUCGCCGGCGUCGCGGUCCGGUGACGCGUCCGCCGAGACAAACAGCCGGAGCUCCGGCGAGCUCUCGGGUCAAAUCUCUGCUGGUCAAAUCGACACGGGAGGUCGUUUCCCGGCGAGAGGAAGGAGGAAGAGAAGAGGUCGGGGCCGAGGGAGACCUCAGACCCCACGGGGCCCUCGCAGCCUGGACACGCCUCGAGAAGUCGGCCUCGGGCAAACUUCAGGGGAUCCCACCGGCUCCCCGGUCUCCUCCUCCCCGUCUCCCCGCGGAGCCGAUGGACCGACGCCGGGGUCCACAGCCACGCGGCCGUCCUCCUCCUCCUCCGGUGAUGCCACGCAGCCGAGCUCGGCCUCCGGGCAGCUGAAGAAGACCUUCCCCAUCUUUCUGACGAGGACAGACGGAUGCCGACAGACGAGAAGCACGGCCAACUGGCUCUCUCUCCUCUUGCCCUCCUCGCCGCCCGCCCCGCCGCUCCCCGUCCCGUCGGUGUUCCCCGGCCCGCUGCUCGGCAACCUGGUGAACUUCGACAUUCUGCAAGACUUCCAUCUCCCCGACGACCAGUUCGCCUUCCUGAAGCUGCACAAGCUCCACCAAGUCGCCGUGGAUUCGGGAGUCGAACGUUUUACGCCGGCGCCCUACAACACGCGCGGCUGCGACCGGCGCUCCGACACCCGCCGCCGCCGCUCUGUGAUUCCGCUCGCGCUCACGCCCACGAUCUCAAAUUCGCCGCGGCCCGCUGAAGCGAAGCCGGCUGCGGACCUCACGGGGGAAUCGGCCGAGGAGACGCCUCGACGGGAUGUUGCGGAAAUCUCUGGAGAGCGGCCGAUUGAAAAGCGUCACCCGGCGCCUCGGACCCCCACCGCCUCGACAGAAUCGGUGACGGCGGUCCGAGAUUGUGCCGCUGAAUAUAGAGAAGGAGAUCCUGCGAGUGUGGACCACCCCGUCGAGCUUCAGAAAGAGAGCGACGAUGUCAUCACCGGGCCCUCGGAUGAACUUCAAAUAAAAGAGCCUGCUGUCAUUUCAUCAGAGGAACGGACAGAUUGCCCGGGUUCAGUCCACGCUGUGGAGUCUAGAAACUACAGAACAGACACGUCCGUCACCAGGACUCCCUCCUCUGAUCGCCUUGGACAGGAGCCUUCGAACGCCGCUGCUCAGUUAUGUAACGACAGCGGCGCUCCAGAGGCUAAAGCUUCAGAGGCCGCGAGCCCGCCCUCAGGCGGAUCGGUGGCGAAUCGAGUCCCGCCUCCGCUCCUGCCGCCGAGUCCUCCUCUGGCGUCGGCCCCCCGCCCCCCGAUGACCCCGCGCCCGCACUCCUCUGCUCCGCCGUCCGGCCCCGCGAUGCCGUCGCUGGGACUCAGCCCCCACCCCCUCCCUCCGCCCGCUCGCCGCCCGGCCCCCUGGGCCCUCUCCGCCUCCCCCACCGCUUCGUCCGAGUCGCCGUCUGCAGGCGAUCGGUCCCGCGGGGUCGGACCUCCGAACGUCCGGUCCGAGGGAUCGGGUGGGCGGGGCGAGACCGCGGAGGAACACAUGAGGAGAUGCACGCACACGCUGGAGGCCCCGGCAGGAGGCCGCCUGGUGGAUGCGUGCUGCCUGCGCGGGUCCUCGGGUGCUCUGUGUGUGGCGGCGGCCGGAGCGUGGGCCGUGUGUCUCUGGACUCAGACCUCAGCUGCCGAUUGGACACCAACACACACCUGGGCCUUCGAUAAGCCGGUGAUCAACGUGUUUCCUGUCCCGGAUGCUGCGGGGCUGCUGUGUGUGACUCUGGGUCAGUUGGAAAUCCGAGAAGUGAGGACGCUGUCGUGUUGCAGCCUCUCGCAGGCGCUGCUCUGUGAGGGCGUCGUUCAGGCCAUCGUGGGCGUGUCCCGGUCCAGAGUGGUCACGUCUUCCCACUCGGCCUCUGGGGCCGCCCUGCGGGUGUUUACGGCGUCAGACAGCGGCAGCACAUCGAGCUCUCAGCCUCUGGCGUCUCCCGGUGUUUGUGUCGGGGCUCUCGCUCCAGUGGACGCACUUUUAGAUGCUCUGAUCGGCUCGAAUGAGGGCGGACGCCUCUUCGUCUGGAAUCUAAAGACCGGACAGCUGCUGCGGAGCAUCCUCCUCGGGGACGGUCUGUCCCACACGGCCUGUCUCAGAGGAUUCUCCUCCCGGGGGGCGCUGUUCGUCCUGCUGCAGCACCAGUCGCUCAGCUCCCCGGAGGGCGGAGCGACGGAGACGGCCGAGGAGAAGGAGGAGGAGAAGGAGGAGGAGGAGGAGGAGGAGGAGAAGAAGGAGGAGGAGAAGGCCGCCCUGUUCUCGCUCGUCGCCGUCAACCCCGUGAGUGGGAAAUGCGCCCUGGCCUCUCGGCUGUUUCCGCCCAAAGCGUGGACUGGCAGGCUGUGCGAGGCCGACGCCAGCGGCUCCGGCGUGGUGGGCCUGAGUGCGAGCGGCAGCGUGUGCGUGUGGGAGCUCGGGCGCCGGGGGGCGUCGAGGACGGUGGCGCCCGACGGCGACGGCUGGCAGCUCGCUCGAUGGGGGGAAGGAGGCACGCUGGUGACUGGCCAUCACAACGGAGACGUUACUUUGCACUGUCCGGGUCAGACUUCGCUCUGCGGCCGCACUCGGUAAAGACUCCCUUUUAGAAAAUAACUUUAUUAGGAAUGUUUACAUGGAGAUUUUAAACUUUUAAAAUACUUCAGUCACACACACACGUUGUUCCGUGGCUUCCCUUCCCCCAACUUGUCGAACAGGAGUGUCUGUAACCUCAAGACAAGAGUACUACUAAAUUAAAUACAUGUAUUUACUGUAAACUGAGCAGAUUCAAAAAGCCACAUGUAACAUAACAUCAUCUCAACGGCCUGUAAAAAUGUCCACACUGUUUUUAGAGCACCACUAUUACUUGAAUACAUUGUUUUACGUCUUAUAUUUCAGGAAAAGGAAAGUUUGUUUUUAUAAUUUGCAUUAAACAUUUGUGUAUUCUG